AACUUGACAUGAAAAGAUUCAGUAGAGCAGCCGAGUGACGCGAGGAUAGAACGUUUGAGAAAGAGGCUCAGUGACGUCACACUGACUAGCUGCAUUCCAGUCCGUUGAAGAGCUCGCGCUUCUCAUCUGUUUAAUCAGAAUGACUUGGUUAGCGAAGGGAAGUCAAAUGCUAAACGCCUUAUGGUUUUAAGGAGAGUUUACCCAUUGAACUCACUUUGACUAACGUUGCACAAGUCUUACAAAUACUGUACAUGAACAUUACCACCAUUAUUACAUACCGUAGUAGAAUAGUCACACGGAUUAUGAUCACAAAGAAAAUGGUGAGUGACGUUCAUCAGGCAGAUGAGAAAAUGGAUAAAAAGACCAAAAAAGCGAAGAAGAAAAACAAGAGGGUGAAGUUUGCGCUGUCUUCUCCAGUUGAUGUGAUGGAUUCGUCCACUACAGCUCCUGCUGACAGCGGCAAAUUGCCCAACUCUUCGAGCAAAAGCAGAUUUCAAUUUCUGCACCGCUUUUUUGGCAAAAUACGGUCAUUCUGUCUGCCAAGCAAGUAUUUGUCUUCUAAACAGAAGAACAGCGACACCAAGACUGAGGCUUCUUCCUCAGUUGCAGUCGACAGAUCAUCUGAGGAGCAUCGAGAAGCUGAUCUGCUGGCUGCAACUCAGGAGACUGAAUCCAUCACAUUUGUUGAAAGGAUAAAACUGUCUCCCAGCUUCGAUGGUUCUUUCACAUCCAUAGACACAUCUUCUGAUGAAGAGACUCAGGAGACAAAACCUUUCGAAGAUGUAGCUAUUGCUCCACCCUUUGCUGCUAUUGAUCUUGAUUGCCUUCAAGAAAUUAUGGACAGUUUAGGAAGCGAGCCGCUUGGAGAUACCCAGACUUCAGCACUGCUGUGGGUCAGUGAUGUGCUCGGACAGCAAGCAGCGACUGAACAGGACAGCGAGACGCAGGGUGAUGAUGCUGACCUAGCUCCUAUGGGUCUUCCAAAUUUAGGGAACACUUGCUAUAUGAACUCCGUCUUGCAGUGCCUCCUCAGUGUUUCCCCCUUCAGGGAAGAUGUGCUUUCCCUGCAGGAACACUGGAAAAAUGAAGCCGUACUACUUGGAGCAUUAUCUGACUUGCAUAUGAGCAGGCUGGGCUGCAGUGACUCUGAACUGAAGAAAAAGCACUUGGCUCUAAUUAAAGGCUACAUUGAAAAUGACUAUCCAGAUUUCGAGGGAAACCAGCAGCAGGAUGCACAUGAGUUCCUCAUGGCUUGUCUGUUCUGUCUGAAAGAGGAGAGUGAGAUUCUGAAGGUUUUUUGUCCCACUUACACUUCCCCUGUGGCCAAUAUGGAGUUCAGGCUCAAACAUGAGCGCACAUGCGACAGCUGUGGCUUCCAGAAGAGCUUUCCAGAGGAUUUCAACUACCUCUCGCUGGUCAUCGGCCCUCAAGCACGUCUAACAGACAGUCUGCAGCAGUACUUGAACGCAUCUUCAAUUGAUUGUGCGUGCAGCCAAUGUUCUGGCACCAAGGCCUCUGAGACUCUGAAGUUUCUCAGCCUUCCACAGGUCCUGGUCUUUCUGGUGAUGCGCUUUGACAUCACGUCAUCUUCCAUGUGCAAGCUGAAGGACCAACUGGAGAUUCCUGAGGAGUUGACGCUGUCCUCUGUUGAAGAGAGCAGAAAGCAGCCAGUGUCAGCUAAAAGCUCAGCAGGCCGCAGAACAUUUCUCCAGAAAAUAUUUAGGAAAUGGAAUAAAGUUACACCGCUAACACCACAGGAGGAAGUACCAGCUGUCAUUAACGCACAGUACAGACUCAGUGGUGUUGUGUCGCAUUUGGGAAGCAAUUUGUUUAGUGGACACUACAUCAGUCAUAUUCAUAACCCCAAUGAAGAUGGAUGGCUGAGGUGCAGUGAUAAUAUUGUCAGAGAAACCAGCUGGUCGGAGGUGUCCAUGGACAUUGAGACAAAUGGCUACUUGUUGUUUUAUGUCAAAAGCUGAGCAGCGGCUGGUUCAUGAAAGUUUUAAAGAACAGGAAAGCAACAGAUGAGGAAGAUCCCGCUUAAUGUGAAACUCUGCUCAAUCCUCCUAGUCAACAAGAAUGGAUCUUGAGAAACUCACAUGCUCUGGUUUCUCUCACAUCACUUGGUCGAUUUGUGAGUCAGGAAGUUGAGUUUUGUGUAAAGAAGUGUUUUUCAUUCUGUUCUUUCAGCUGAGGCUUCCAGAAGAGCUUUCCAGAGGAUUUCAACUAUCUCUUGCUGGUCAUCGGUCCUCAAGCAUGUCUAACAGACAGUCUGCAGAAGUACAUGAACGCAUCUUCAAUUGAUUGUGCUCUGAGACUCUGAAGUUUCUCAGCCUUCCACAGGUCCUGGUCUUUCUGGUGAUGUGCUUUGACAUCACGUCGUCUUCCAUGUGCAAGCUGAAGGACCAACUGGAGAUUCCUGAGGAGUUGAUGCUGUCCUGUGUUGAAAGAGGAAGUACCAGCUGUCAUCAACGCACAGUACAGACUCAGUGGUGUUGUUUCACAUUUGGGAAGCAAUUUAUUUUGUGGACACUACAUCAGUCAUAUUCGUAACCCCAGUGAAGAUGGCUGUGGUGCAGUGAUGAUACUGUCAGAAGAACCAGCUAGUCGGAGGUGUCCAUGGACAUUGAGACAAAUGGCUACUUGUUGUUUUAUGUCAAAAUGUAUUGAAUCCAAUAAUAUUCAGUCACCUGCUUUGGGAUAAAAUGCUGAACUCCUCCUCGUUGUUUUUGUAGCUGAGCACCGGUUUGCGCAUGAGAGUUUUAAAGAAGUGGAAAUCAACAGAUGAGGAAGAUCCCACCGCUUAAUGGGAAACUGCUCAAUCCUCCUAGUCAGCGAGAGUGGAUCUUGAGAAACCCACAUGCUCUGGUUUCUCUCACAUCACUUGGUCGAUUUUUGAGUCAAACUUGCUCCUGGCGGUUUGAUUAAAGCAGCACCCCAUUUGCAUUCCUUCUGGGCCGGGAUGUCUCAUGGCAGCAUCUGGGGCCUGGGAUUUGUUUUUGGACAGUUGGUGGCUGUGUCUACCCUCUCUUGUCCUUUUGGGAUUUGCAGCAGAGGUUCAUCGAGAGCAGUGAACUUUGCCAGUGCCAGCAGCCAUAUGACUGUUGCCCAAGACUGGUUGCCCACUGAAGCUAAGCAAGGUUGAGCCUGGUUAAUAAUUUGCAAUUCCCACCAACUCAGCUGUUGUAUUUUACUAAGAUUUGUAUUUUACUUAUGAUUGUACAAUCAGCAACUAUCUUUAUGAGACAGAGGAGUCAAACAUGUUUAUACAUUUGUCUAUACAUUUAAAUUUGACUUUUUGAAAUUUAAGUCCUGGAAAACCUUUGAAAACGUUUCUCAACAAGUAUGCCAACAUUAUAAUAUAAAAUAUUAUUUAUUGAACAAUAAUAGCCAUUAUAAGCUUUCUAUUUAAUAUAUAUUAUUAAAUAUGUUGUAAAUUGUAUUUUGGAUACCUUAUAUCUGUAAUUUGAGUAAAAAAAACAAUAUUUUUGUGUAAACAAGUCAUUAGAUUGCAAUUUAAUUACUAUGUAAUUAUAGUCCU